AUGGCCAUGGUGCCCGAUGACCCCUUGAGCCCGCGGGACCUUCCUGUCUACUCAGAAGCAAUGUGCGACGACGAACCCUACUAUCAAGGCUCGGAAGAUGAGGACUACCCCGAUCCGCAAACGAGAAGGCUGCGGUAUGAGAAGGCUGGCCAGCGUUUUUUGGACGGCAAGGUCCCAUUCUUGCUCUCGGCGUCGCUGCGCGGCCCCUUUAACGAGGACUCUGGCUGGACCAACCCUUGGAGAAGUAAGCAGCGGUGCGAGUACGGACGAGCCUCUCAAUUCGUCUGCGAAUCGGUACACGGGCAGACGACAAAAGCACCCUGGAAACAAGAAUCAACCGCCGAUGACCGCGAUUGCCACCUGCCAAGUCCGGAGAGCCUUAAGCAGGCCCCAGCCUCAGGGUCGCAUCCAUAUCUCAAGCGGGAUGAGCUGGCCAUGGUUCAGAAUUGGCGAGAGAACAUCCAUGAGCCGUCUCUCUCACAAGAUUCUUUCUGGGCGUCGUCCACUUCAGAGACCGGCGUGACCACAACGAAGCGAAGAGCCACAGAAUCCGCGUGGCUCAAGCGAGUGGCAGACAAGAGGAGAAGGACUGAUGCCGACGACCCAAGAUUCUCCAAUUCACCGUUCGUUUCGAGCCAGCCCGACUCGUACUCCUCCCCCGUCGCCAGGAUCCACGCCGCCGUAGCUUCCACGGCUCUAGCGGCGUCGAAAAGCCAGGGCGACGAUAUCGGCUCUGCACGAAAGUCGCUGUCGGGACACCGGCCACAGAUUAAACACGAAAGCAAUGACGCCGACGACGACGAACUCAUGACGAACACGCCAGAUGCCGCCUUUCCCAGCGUCUCCCGGCUGUCCGCGUCAAGCAAGAAGCGCUCACCUCCCAGGCAACAUGUUUGGAGGUCUGCCAUAUUGCAUGUCGGCGGCGUGGCAGACGAGUUGAGCCAGAAUGAAGCAGCCGCGGCAACACUCUCCUCUCCUGUUUCCCAGCGACAUGGGACCUCGCCAAAUUGCGCUUCAAACGUCGCGACCAAGGAAGUGCCGAAUGCUUUCGCAACAGCCAAAACAUCCCCAUCCAGACGAAGCUGGCGGAACAUUAAAGUUGAAGCUGAAGAAGAAUGUUCUGCCAUGAACGGAAACGGGCAGCGCGAUGACGAGCCCACAAUGGUCCUCGACGAGGACUGGGCUCCUUUCGGGACGCAGCAGGAUCAAAGCUUUUGCUUUAAGAUGCGAUAUGCGUUGGAGAGAGAUGCCGAGGUCCUCGAUCAAGCGCUGCCGGAUGAACCCAAUCAGCCUGCGUCGCCCCCUAACUUGUCUUCACAGGAACCAUUGAGCGACAUGCAAGCCGCCGAGGACAGGUCGUCGCAUAUUGUGGACAAAAAUGGUCCAACGGAGGACGAAAGCGACGGUCGCGACGAUGACGAAACCGAGUCCAUUCCGUCAUCAGACGACAUCGACGAGUUCCACGUGCGAUUUAUGGAGCGGUAUUUAGAUGGUUGGGAUCAGGAAUUGGCCUGUGGUGCCACCUCUCAAGUCGAGCAGGAAGUGGUGUAUGAUGAUGCACAGGAAGACGUGGCCGAGAUCGCCCAGCAGGCUAUCCAUGCUAUGUCGCCCGUGCAGUCUGGCUUGGAAUGUUCUUCGCUGGCCAUUGAGUCCAAAGAAGAAGCAAAAACUGUGGCCCAGCCUCUGCCAUCGGCCAUUUCCCUAACGUCACACUCUCACGAGACAUCCUCGGCGAUUGAGAUGGAGCAUGAGACGCUGGUUCCUCAGCCCUGCCGCAAAGUGCUGUUGCUGACCCAUCAUCGGAGGCGGAACCCUCUUCACGCCAUCCGAUGGCCCCUCAGGAGGCAGAGCUCGUUCCCCGAGUCGGGUGCAGCCGUGGACAUUGAUGGCUGCGGCAGCCACGGCGGGAAUGUCUCGAAUUCGCAGCCUCAACCUCAGCCGCGGCCGUCCACGCCGGAGCCGCAGUUUGCCGUCAAGACUUUUGCCUCGUUUCUGUCUCCUUCGCCUGGACGGAGCCGCGGGCAGAGAGGGCGUCCAACGGUCCGCGACGACGAGGGCGGCGGCCCUCCCUCGGCCAUGAAAAACCCGUGGAGCUGCUCGCGCCCCGUCCGCCGGGUUUCCUGGGCGUUGAUGCCGCAGGACCAGGGAGUCCUUGGGGACGAGCAGAACACGCAACCCCCCGAGCCGACGCCAAAAUCCUUGCCUCUGCGGCAUAGGCUCCGCCAAGUCUCCCCCCCGCCGGCCACCCCGAUCGAGGACCUGCCCGUUUCGGAACAGUCGCGGUUCAGCAAGCACUUUGCAGCCGUGGCCAGCCGCACCGACGGCCAGCGGCAUAAGCUCAUCCCGACGGCUUCGCAGCAGGCCCUGCAGAGCCCUGGCAUGCAGGGCAUGGCGAGGACCUUUUUGGCAGCGGACGAGGUGGGGCCCGGCGCCGAGACGGCGCCGGCGGCGGAUGACGUCGGGGGUUCUAAUGACGAGGCCUUCGACGGAGAUGGGGACGAGGCAGACGGAGGGUCCGACGAGUCGGAGGAGCCGAUGGAGCUGGUCGAGGACAUGCUCCGCGAAAUCGCCGACUUUGUCAAGUCGUGGGACGUCGACGCCGAGCUCGACGAGGCGCGCAGGGCGACCAGGCCCGAGGCCGGCCGGGUCAACCUGGCGAGCCAAAGCCCGUGGUAG